AUGAAUGUUGUUGGCACUCUUUACAUUUACGCUGCAAUUUGCAAGCAUGAAGAUGUUCCGUUAAGAAUUCCCGACACAAAGGAAGCUUGGGAGAGUUACUAUAUGGCUUCUGAUGCAGAUUUGAUUGCAGAGCAACACAUUUGGGCAGCGGUGGAUCCCUAUGCUAAGAACGAGGCCUUCAACUGUAGCAAUGGUGAUGUGUUCAGGUGGAAGCAAUUGUGGAAGGAUAAUGAGCUUGAAGCUACGAAGCUGGAAGAAGUUGGUGAGUGGUGGGUUGCAGAUGCUACUUUUGGAUUGGAAAAUGUUGUAGAUAGUAUGAACAAGGCGAAAGAGCAUGGGUUUUUGGGAUUCAGAAAUAGCAAGAAUUCUCUGAUUAAUUGGAUAGAUAACACAAGAGCUUAUAAGAUUGUUCCGUAA